AUGACCGCUACAGCAACAACUUCAGCUAUCGUAGGUGCGUUAGCAUGUCAAAAGAACUCAUUUCUCAAAACUUUAACAACCACCGUAGUUUCAAGUUUUGAAUUUGUUCCACCUCCAACUUCUCGUGACAAACAAAACAAGAACAACAAGAAAUCACCAUCUCCAGAAACCAAAGUAUUGCAAUAUGGCGUAGAAUUAGAAGAUACGAUCUUAUUCCCAGAGGGUGGGGGACAACCAUUUGAUAAAGGAACCAUCACCUUGCCUGACAAUCGAGAAAUCCAAGUGAAAUCAGUGUUGAGAGAUAAGAUAAAAGCUAUUCAUAUUACUGAAGAAUUAAUCGAACCAGGUACAACGGUGACUUUGACACUUGAUUGGAAGAGAAGAAUGGAUAUUAUGCAACAACAUACUGGGCAGCACUUAUUAUCUGCCGUAUUUGAUACUUAUAAAUUAGAGACUUUGAGUUGGUCAAUGGGUGAUGUUAUCAAUUAUAUCGAAUUACCUGAAAAAGUUUCUGAAGAAAUUAUUGCGGAAGUGAAUGAAAAAGUCAACAAUUUGAUCUUCGAAGGUCACAAUAUCCAUGUGGUGACUCCAGAUCAACACGGGCAUGAAGUUGAUGUAUCUCACCUUCCUGAUGAUUAUGAUAUCUCAAGGGGUAUUAUUAGAAUUGUUAAGAUUGGAGAUUUGGAUGCAAAUCCAUGUUGUGGAACUCAUUUAAGUUCAACUUCUCAAAUCCAGGCAAUUGCUUUAUUACAUCAACAAAGCAUUAGAGGUGGUCAUUCUCGUUUAUAUUUCACUUGUGGUGCCAGGGUUUAUGAAUAUUUAAGAAAACAACAUGAUAUUUUAAAGAAUGUUUCCGGAAAUGUCUUAUCUUGUCAAAUUGAAGAAGUUUUUGAUAAGGUAAACCAAUUGAAUCUUAACUAUAGAAAAGCGAACUCGGCCGUCUCUGGAUUAUUAAAAGAAAUUGCCAAUAUGGAAGCCAGUAAACUUUUCGACAGAUUUAAAAAUACCGAUAAAUUGAUUGAUUAUAUUCAUAGAUCUGACAAUAAUCCUGAAUAUUUAACAUUAGUUCAAAAGGAAAUCACUACCCUCAUUAAUGGUGAUAAAUCCUCGGGAGUUGAUUUAUCAACUAAGCAUACCCUUGUUUUACUUAAUGGGGAUUAUCCAUCAGGCACUGGAGGUAUGGUUAAAAUCUUAGGUCCAAAGGCUGAAGAAUUACAACCAGAAUUAAAACAAAGACUUGAGAACUUAAAAGGAGGGGGUAAGGGUGCUUCUUUCCAAGGUAAGAUUACCAAAUAUGGAAAAGGUGAAUUAGAAUCCGUGUUAAUGUACUUAGAUUCAAUUUGCGAGUAG